AGGGUCCAACGUUAGUUUUGCCACCAGUAAUAAUAAUAGUAGCAACAACAACACACCACAAUGUCAAACACGAUUGUUGAGAACAUCAAGAGCAUCCCUCCGGUGACACGGUUCUUUACGAUCGCAUCAAUAUUUGCAUGUUUGAUUAUGUCUACCUUGGGCACCCAGGCGUCCUUUCAUCGGUUAUUCAUCAACUACUACACAAUAAUCUACGACUACGACACCAUCAUCAGACCAGUAUUGUCCAAUGCCAAUGCAAAGUACUACCAGAUAGUGUAUGCAGUGCUUGAAUUUGCUGCUCAAGUUUAUAAAUUCGGGACAUCCUUGUUCAUCCCCGCCGGGAUCAACGACUCUACAAAUCGAAUCCAAGCCAUAUUCGAUAUCUACUUUUUCUAUACGUUUUCCAAUCAUUUGGAGGGCUAUGAAGGUAAGUUCAAGGGCAACUUCCCAGAUUAUCUUUGGUAUAUUAUCAUUUGUGGAACGUUAACCCACAUAAUCACGAUAAUUUACACUGUGUUUUACACUGAAAUCUUUUUCCCUCAUGAGAUUCUUCUUGGAUGUGUCACCUAUACUUGGUCCCGUUGCUUCAAGAAUGCCACCAUUAAUCUUUUAGGUAUAGUCCCCAUCAAGGCUUAUUACUUGCCCUUGGGUAACCUUUUCGUCAAGUUGAUUUUAAGUGGGCCCCAUGCCAUGAUCAGUACCCUUAUGGGUAUAGUUGUGGGAUACUUGUACCUUUGCAUCCAAUCAAACACAUUACCAAUCUACAAUUUAUUCCCAGGAGCUUAUGGAACACCAGGACCAAACAAAAAAAGGGAGGGAAGUAGAUUAGGUGUGACCCAUAUUGACCAACCAACUCGUGGUUCCACCUAUGAUUUCAUUGGUGAUUCGAUUUACGACAAGGGCUACUUGAAAGCUCCUGAAGUGUUGUACAAGUGGUUAUCGUAUCCUGUGGAGAGUUCAUUUAGAUCUACGGCGUUUACUGAUUUUAAGGGGAACACAUUGAACGGUAGAGCCACCGAUGCUACGGUAAGAAGAGCUAGUGCGGCCCAGGAGGUUGCCAGUGGUUCUUCUAGUGGGUAUUCCUGGUUUGGAAACAAUGGAACAUCUGGUGCCUCAUUCAAAGGUAAGGGUCACCGUUUGGGUGGUUAGUUUUUAUUUUGUAUACAGUGUAAAAUGAAUAGUUAGAGUUUAUUAUUUUGAAAUUUUCAACCACGUUGGAAAUGAGGCAUGAGGUGUAAAUGCAAAUUGAUUUGUAGAAGAUGAUAUAUGUAAUCAUUGGCGUCCUUCGCUCAUUCUCCCCACCCACCCACUUUACAAUGCUGUGACAAUGCUGUGACAAUGCUGUGACAAUGCUGUGACAACGCUGGGACAACGCUGUGACAAUGUCUGGUGUUACAUCGAGUGCUCGCACUGUCAAUGUAUUAGUCACCAGCCACUUGUUUAGUGUAGAAUAGAGUGUCGUAUAAUCGUGUAGCUCUGCAACGAUCUGCAGCUAUGGCGUUACUC